CCUUCUACUCAAGCUGCAAAGAGUGUCUAUGCGCAAGUUUUUGUUUUUUUUUUUUUUCUCGUCCAGCCCUCCCCUCGCUUGUUUGAGAGUCCUCUGCUGGGGCUGGUGCAGUCUAAGGAAUGGGGGGUUAGAGCCAGCGACGUCAACUACCUGUGUGGCCCCCGCAUGGAGGAAAGUGGACAGGGAUGCGUUUGAUGGAGCAGUUUUAUGCGAGACUCGAAUGCCUCCUCAGCAUUUCACUGGGCAUGCCGACGUCACUACAUUUUACUGACUGCCAUAAAUAAGGCAUUGCAUGUGCCAACUAUAUUCUGUGAGUAUGCCUUUGUGAAGAAAGCUCGUCACCCUCGCCGGGAUUCCCCGUAACAUUUUCAACAAGAGACAAGGGAGGAAAAAAAAAAAAACACAGCAAAAAUGGACAAAGAAAGUAUUGGUACUCAAUACGAGCCUGUGGCCGAGAUUGGAGAGGGUGCAUACGGGAAAGUGUACAAGGCAAGGGAUUUGAAGAACGGGGGACGCUUUGUAGCCCUAAAAAGAGUUCGUGUCCAGACGGGGGAAGAAGGCAUGCCUCUCUCAACCAUCCGGGAGGUGGCGGUACUGAGGCAGUUGGAGGCCUUUGAGCACCCCAAUGUUGUCAGGUUGUUCGACGUCUGCACGGUCUCUCGGACUGACAGAGAAACCAAGCUCACGCUGGUGUUUGAGCAUGUGGAUCAGGAUCUAACCACAUACCUGGAGAAGGCUCCUGACCCCGGCGUACCACCUGAGACCAUUAAGGAUAUGAUGUACCAGCUGCUUCAGGGGCUGGACUUCCUGCACUCGAACCGAGUGGUUCACCGUGACUUGAAACCCCAGAAUAUUCUGGUGACCAGUGGAGGUCAGAUCAAACUGGCAGACUUUGGUUUAGCCCGCAUCUACAGCUUCCAGAUGGCGCUCACAUCAGUGGUGGUGACGCUGUGGUACAGAGCUCCUGAAGUGCUGCUCCAGUCCAGUUACGCUACACCGGUGGACCUGUGGAGCGUUGGCUGCAUCUUCGCUGAAAUGUUCAGGAGGAGACCCCUUUUUCGAGGAAACUCUGACGUAGAUCAGCUGGGAAAGAUCUUUGAUGUUGUUGGAGUACCUUCACCAGAUGACUGGCCUCAAGAAGUGGCCUUACCACAGAGUGCCUUCACACCCCGACCCCCAAAACCAAUAGAAGACUUGGUGCCAGACAUGGAUGAGGACGGACGAGGCCUGUUAAUGCAAUUUCUCACCUUCAACCCCUCCAGGAGGAUAUCUGCCUUCUCUGCGUUGACUCACCCCUACUUUCAAAGCGUGGACAGUAACAGCAGGAGUCUGUACGCUACCCAUUCAAUCCCCAGCAACAAACCCACUAUUGAGGAGAGGACAGCCUGAUAGUCCUCCUUACACCUGCAACUAUCCCAAACAGUGACUAUAAGAAGUAUUUUUGUACCCAUUUUGUAUUUCUGGGUGUUUAGCAACCGAAAACAAUUAAUUAAGCUUUUUGACACUUACCAGUGGAAGACGGUCUUUAAGAUGCCCCUUGCAUAAACGUUAGCCUUUUAUGCUAACAGACUGAAUCUUUGUGCAGCACCUUCAUUCUGUCAUAAUACAUUUGAUUUGGACUCCA